AUGUCUCAUGGAGUUCAAAUGGAAAAUAGUCGUGUCCAAUUAAAUGAUCAAGAUAUUGAAGCAUCACAACCUUGCACUCAAGAUGGCAUGGAAACAAUUAAUCUUUGUGAAGAAGUCGGAGCUACAUCGGUUGCGAAUACUUUGAAAACAAGAUUUCAACCAAAAGAGGAUGAACUUCUCAUUCAAUCAUGGCUCAAUAUUUCAAAGGAUCCAAUUGUUGGGAAUGGUCAAAGAGGAGGUAGUUUUUGGAAGAGGAUUGGUGAAGUUUAUAACAACCAUCGCGACAAGGAUUUUCAAGAGAGAAAACCGGUAGUAGUUAAAGGUCGAUGGCACAAAAAAAUCAAUCCAUCUAUUUCAAAGUUUGUUGGGUGCUACAAAGAUGUUGUUGCUCUAAAAAAAAGCGGUGCCUCCGAGAGCAACAACAUUUCGGCUGCAAAAGAUAUUUAUUACCAAGAUGUACGUGAAAAAUUCACACUUGAGAAUGCAUGGAAAUUAUUGAGAGAUGAACCAAAAUGGCUUGCAGGUUGUGUAUUGGAACCGUCCGCAAAAGGAACAAACAAUUUAGCUUCUGGAGCAUAUUCGGCAUCUUCCAACCCACCAACACCAACAAGCGAAUACAAUCCACCACAACGUCCAAUCGGUCAAAAGGCGGCAAAAAAGAAGGGAAAAGAAAAGCCUGUGGAAAUGUCUACUCCCAAAUUUGAUGCUUUGAAAGAUGACUUCAACAAAAGAUUAGAAUUAAUGUCAGGGUUUGCACGUGAUUAUGCACGUAUUGAGAGUGAAAAACUUGAGAUAGAGAGAAAAAGGGUUGAUGCCGAGUUGCAAAGAGUUGAAGAUGAUAGGAAAAGGUCGAAGAUCAAUGAUUUACAAAUACUCACAAAGGAUACAUCAAAUAUGAAUCCAAGACAACUAAAUGAUUAUGAUUUUUUGUAUGACGUGAUUAGAGAAAAAUAUGGACUUAAUUGA